UGCAAGGAGUAGAAUGUCUACAGAAAAGAGCUUCAACAAUCUUUUCAGCAACAAAUGGAAAUGGGAUUCUGCCAGGAUUUGGAGUGACUAGUAUACAAUGUGAAGUGAGGCUUUAACAGGAAGUGCUUGGUGUUCUGAAGUUUGACACUGUGUUUCAUAUCAAUGUUUGUACUUAUUGAAAACCAUGCUUGUGAGGAUGACCACUUUUUUCUAACAAGACAGGAUGUGACUGAAUACGGUGUAUAGUUUACUCAUAAUAUCACCUGUUCAAUAACAAAACACCAUUAUUGAAGCAUCUUUCAUAUCGUCCGACGCAGAGGGGAUAAUGGUUGCAAUCAACUGGUCAUUUGCAUGGUUGUCUUGUAGCACUUUGAACUGGAUAAUCUACUCCUGACUCUUCCGAUCAAUUUUGAAAUGCACUCAUAGUUAGUACUUUACUCACAGUGUAGUAUCUGGCAGGAGCUAAUUAAGUAAUCUACAUUUAUACAACUCUGACAGAACCUUGUGUCAUGAAUACUCAAGCAAGGAUCUUAACCAAAACUGACAUGAGGCUCUUGCUUUGUGGAUCACUGUUCUUCAUCUGACUGUGACAGGACUCACGACAAGGAACACUGAACAUUCAUUCCCUGAAUCCCCACGAUGGAUAAGGCAAACACGACAGACACCAACGAUGAAGUGCGCAUGAUCCAAUGUGUCUGUUCCUUCACAAUCUCCAUCCUAGGAAUGAUGGGUAAUUGUGUGGCCAUCUACCAGAUAGUGUCCCGCGGGCUCUAUCAGCAGACGUGCAAUGUUUACAUCCUCAACCUCAGCAUCAAUAACCUCUUGACAUGCGUCAUCAUACUGCCAGUCCUCGGUGCCAACAGCUUCUACGACAGCUGGGUCAUGGGCAGCUUCUUCUGCAGCUUCUUCCCCUACAUCAUGCACAGCCUCAGCUGCAUCGAGACGAGCGCCCUCAUCCUCAUCACUGUCAACCGUUACGUGUUGGUUGUCCAUCCCGUGACGUACCGGAUAUAUUACUCGAGUCGCCGCUUCAACGCCAUGUUGUUGUCAUUUCCUGUGAUGUUCUACCUGUUGCUGCAACUCCUUCCCUUUACCGGAACAUGGGGCCACUUUACCUACCACAAGAACAAGCUGUACUGCACCUUCAGCCAAACCGACCGCGACACUCGGACCUACAUCGUGUUCUUGUGCAGCCUCAUUCUCAUCACAACCAUCCCUGUCCUCGCUUACUGCUAUUUCAGAAUUCUAUGGACAUACAUCAAAUCAAAGAAACGUUUGAACAACUCGGGAGGAAUCCACAAAUCAGAAAAUGGCCAUUGUUCAAAAUGGCUGACAUCCAAGCAGGACAUUCAGCUGAUUCGCACUGUUGUCAUAAUCAUGGUCUGCUAUAGCGUCACCCAUAUACCCUUCCUCGUUGUCAACGUUGUAGAUUCUGAUUUCAAACAGAUUGGCGUUGUGGCAUACACGUUCCUGACAUACCUAGCUCUGUCGCACACAGCCAUCAAUCCUGUGGUGUACGCUCUGCUCAACACACAGAUCAACAGCAACAUGCACUGCUGUCAAACUUUCUGCAAGAAGCGCAACGAAACAUCGCUACAUUUACGCCAAACCACUGUAUCACCCUGCUAGUGAGUUUAGUUUUACAUCGCUUUUAGCACUUUUCCAGCAAUAUCACAGCGGGGGACACCACAA